AUGGAGGCGUCGUCGACGCGGCAUGGCCUUAGGGGUCUACUCUUUCUUUUCUUGGUCUUUGUACUGCAAGCCGAGGCUUUCUACAUACCAGGAUGGUCCAUAAAAAGCUACAAGAACGAAGAAAGUAUACCAUUACUCGUCAACAAGGUCUAUUCGGAUCACACGCAAUUGCAAUUUGCCUACUAUGACCUUCCAUUCGUAUGCCCUCCCUCGGGAGCCCGUCAUGGCGGCCUUCUCAGCGGCCAGACCAUCUCUCUCAACCUCGGCGAGGUCCUCCGCGGUGACCGCAUUGCCUAUUCGGAUAUGCAACUCGAUAUGAUGCGGGACCGCCCCUGCAACUUCCUUUGCAACGCCGAAGUCAGCAAGAAAGACCUUGGAAGGGCUGUCGAGAUGGUGCGCGAUGGAUACGUGGUGGAAUGGAUUGUUGACAACCUCCCAGGCGCAACAUCGUUCGUAACCGUUGACAAGUCCCGCAAGUACUACGCAUCGGGUUUCAAGCUGGGCUUUACGGACCAAUCCACCGGGAGACCUCAUUACUUCAUCAACAACCACCACACCAUUGUGAUCCGCUACCGUAAUGCUCCUGGAAAGGCCGGCGAGCGUGGCGGCAAGGUCAUUGUUGCUUUCGAGGUGUACCCAAAGAGCAUUGGCCCCAAUGUACACAGGGAUGAGAGCGGCUGCCCAGCCGACAUGCACAAAGUCGACCAGAACUUUGAGCUUUACAUGCACCCGAACCACACUGCGAGCAUCGGCGGUGAUCUGGAGCAAAAUUCGUACCGCCCGGCCGAGGAGGAAGCGCUUGAAGAGGACAAGAUGGUCAUCCCUUACACUUACUCGGUCUACUUUCGCGAAGACAACUCGAUCGAGUGGAACAAGCGAUGGGAUUUGUACUUUGUCAAUCAGGAAGAGGGGUCGCGGAUCCAUUGGCUCGCCAUCGUGAACUCCCUCAUCAUCUGCGGCCUCCUGACGGCCGUGACCAUGAUGAUCCUUGCCAAGACGAUCCGAACUGACAUCAAGGGCUACAAGGACUUGGCCGAGGAGGGCAAAUCUCGUCUGCUGCGCAAAGUCUCUGAAAAACUGCUCAGCCCUCCCCGAUCGCCCAAGGCCGGCGAGAAGACUGGCGGCUUGCUCGAACAAGAGACUGUAGAAGACGCCGACGUAUUGUCUGACGACGAGCCGAUUGAGGAUAUUACUGGAUGGAAGCUGCUGCAAGGCGACGUUUUCCGCUCGCCUACCUUUGGCUUCCUCCUCGCGCCCCUUGUCGGAUCCGGAAUGCAGCUUCUAUUCAUGGCUGUUGGACUGGUGGUCCUCAGCGCCCUUGGUGUGCUUAACCCUAGCUUCCGCGGAGGUUUCGUGAGCUUUGGCGUUGGCCUUUUUGUUUUUGCUGGGGUAUUUGCCGGAUACUUCUCGGCACGCGUGUUCCGCACCUUUGACGGCAAGGACUGGCGGCGCAACUCGCUCAUCACGGCGCUCCUGAUUCCCGGCCUCCUGUUCGGAGCUAUCUUUGCUGUAAACCUCUUCGUCUGGGCUCAAGCGUCUAGCACAGCCAUUCCCUUUGGCACCCUACUUGCCCUGUUAUUCCUCUGGCUCUGCAUCCAACUGCCCCUGGUAUAUGUCGGAUCCUGGUAUGGCUACGUUCGCGCCGGACCAUGGGAGCAUCCUACCAAGACGGUUGUGACUCUGCCCCGGCAGAUCCCUCGCCAGCCUUGGUAUAUCCAGGGGAUACCCUCCAUUCUAUUCGCCGGUCUGAUCCCUUUUGCCGUUAUCUUUAUCGAACUCUUGUUCGUAUUCCAGUCCGUCUGGCAGGACAAGAGCGGUUAUUAUUACGUAUUUGGGUUCUUGGCCAUGGUAUCGCUCAUCCUGAUUGUGACGGUGGCCGAGGUGACGGUGGUGACAAUUUACGUCCAGCUCUGCUUUGAGAAUUACAACUGGUGGUGGCAAGCGUUUUUCCAGGGUGGCGGCAGUGCAGUUUGGAUCUUCCUUUAUUGCAUCUGGUACUACUUUGCCAAGCUUCACAUAACCGGCUUCGUCAGCAGCAUGUUGUUCUUUAGCUACAGCUUCAUGGCGUGCUGCGUCUACGGGCUUUUGACGGGUACAAUUGGCUUUUUGAGUGCUUAUGCAUUUGUCAGGCGGAUAUACGGGUAAGUGGGCU